AUGAAUAAAUCAAAUGAGUCAAUUAAAAUGGUAGGAUCAAUGUAUACCAGUAUCAUGGCAACUACACUAUUUGUGGCUUUAUUUUGGACAAUAAUCACUCUAUUGUCAUGGUUAUUAAGAAAUGUAUUACUUUGGCUAUUCAACUCUGUCACUUCUUCUCAAACGACCCAAGAAUCCACAAAAUGUUUGAUUAACUUAAAUGUAAUAUCAAAGCUGUUUGCUAAAUUUCCAUUCGUAAAUUUCAUAAAUCCAAUAUACAAUUAUUUUUAUUCAAAGCCAAAGUUAUUGUUAGCCUUGUUAGAUGCUGUGGCUACAAUUGAACUUUGUGCAUGCAGUUUAGAAUGUUGGAUAGUUCGUGAAGUUUUUGGUUAUUGGGGUCUUCUAGUUGCUAUCGCUUUAAAUUGUAUUCGUUCAAGUUUGUUUGUUUCAUUUGAUGCUUAUGGAAGUCCUUGUAAUCCGUGGUACAGAUUCCUACUUGGUCAAACACAACCAAUAUGGAUGAUUUUCACAUGGACUUUACAACUUUUAUCUGCAUCAAUAGCUCUUAAAUUAUGUAUAUACUGGUGGUCAUUACAACUAACUAUCUACCAUUCAUCACGUUAUAAAUUAGCAUUAAAAAUGUUAAAUUCUCAAACAUUAAUUAAUUAUAAUUCAGAUUUACAAGUUGUAGUAAGUAUUGGAUUCUUAUGUGAAGCUGUUGUAACGUUUAUAGAUUUAUACUUGAAUAGUCUAUUUUCAUGUAUAUUAAAACGUUGGAAUUUACAAUGUCUUAAACAUAAUUCACAAUUAGCAUCUUCUACAAUGUCUCAAAUGUUGAAUCCUUGUGAUUUAACAUGGAAACAAUUUCUUAUUUCUUAUAUUGUAAGAUUAUUGAUUAUUCUUACAUUGAUAGCUUAUGGUCUUGAAUGGACAGGUAUGUAUUUAAAUCCAGCUAAUGCAUUUAUUCAAUCAUGGGGUAUUGGUAAUAUUGAACCAAUGAAUCAUAUUAUUGUAUAUUGGUUUGGACCAAUGUUUGGUGUUUGGUUAUAUACUAAAACUGUAAAAUGGUCUUGUCUAUUUAUAUCUAAAAUUAUUAUUACAUCAUAA